GAGCUAAGGUAAAUUACAAAAUAAAACGUGUCGAAGAAGUUAGAAAAGUCAAGAAGACAGAAGUCAUUCGACAUAGAGAUAUUUCAAGGACACGAACAUUCUGUAAUUAACAACACUAUAAAAAGUAUACAAGAAAAAUUGGCACUUGACCUACACCAGUUGAGUAACUCAUCAUGUAACAGACCUUACUGUUUAUCUAAUUUUUUUUUCAAAAUAUUGUUUCUCUUUAGAACCAAAAAUAUAAAGGGAUAUAUAAAAACUAACCAUUAAUACAAUAAGGUAGAAAAAGUCGGAUCUUAGUAUCUUUCGUAUAUGUCGACCGCCUACGUAUGCCUCUUAAUUUCCCUUUCAAUAGAUAUCGUCAUAUAUAUACUAUAUAAAUAUAAAAUCGUUGAGUAGUCUAUUAAUGCCUAUACCGACAUAUAUAUAUAUAUAUUUAACCUUUUUAUUUUGGUCAAAUAUAUAUUUAAAUUAAACUCAGUUAAUUGUAUUGCUAAAUAAAAGUAAUAAUAUCAUGCACGACUCAUGUACGAGGAAUUUCUUCUUGCUUUUUGUAGGAAGUGAAAUGGGGAAUGGUGAGCAUGGUGGAGGCUGAGCGGCGGCUACUGGCCAACGCUCUGCUUGAUGCAGGAAACCACCGCUUCGUCCUCCUCUCAGAAUCGGACAUCCCUCUCUUCAACUUCUCCACCGUUUACUCUUACCUCGUAAACUCUCAACACUCCUACGUCGACAUCUACGACCUUCCCGGACCAGCAGGUCGAGGCCGCUACAAUCGCCGUAUGUCACCUGUCAUCAGCCGCGGUAACUGGCGAAAAGGCUCUCAGUGGUUCGAGAUAGACCGUGAGGUAGCUGAAGCCGUAGUCUCGGACACAAUUUACAUUCCUGUGUUCAAGAAACAUUGCCUUUUGGGAUGUUAUGCCGACGAGCAUUACUUACCAACGCUUGUCCACGUUAUGUUUCCGGGGAAGAGCGCGAACCGGUCGCUGACGUGGACUGAUUGGUCACGACGAGGGCCGCACCCGAGGAAGUACACUCGGCGGUCAGUGACUGGGGAGUUUCUGUAUAAGUUGAGGAAUAGAGAAGGGUGUGUGUAUAAUGGGAAAAAGAGCGAGAAAUGUUACUUGUUCGCUAGGAAGUUCGAUAACAGUUGUUUGGAUAAAUUGUUAUAUUUUGCUCAUAGAGUUAUGGGAUUCUAGUUUGCUCA